AUGGCAUCAAAAUUGACGGGACACGAAAUAGUUAUAUCCGGUAUAGCUGGAAAAUUUCCAAAUAGUGAUAAUAUCAACGAAUUGCAGAAGAAUCUUUUAAAUAAAAUAGACUGCAUUGGUGACUGCAAAGCUCGAUGGGACUACGAACAUUCUCAAGUUCCUCAACGAAUCGGUACAAUGAAAAAUAUUGACAAUUUUGAUCGUGUAUUUUUUGGAGUUCAUGGAAAAAUACUAGAUUGUAUGGACCCUUUGAUAAGAAUAACUAUAGAAACUGCAUACGAAGCAAUCAUAGAUGCUGGAAUUAAUCCAAACAAUUUGAAAGGUAGUAAGUCGGCAGUUUUUACUGGUAGUAGUUUUUCAGAGGCAGAAAAAUCAUUAUUUUAUGACAAAUCUAUGCAAAAAGGCUACGGUUUAUUAGGAGUAUGUCGUGCUAUAUUGCCAAAUCGAAUUUCUUUUUUUUUCGACCUCAAUGGACCAAGUGCUAACGUCGAUUCUAGUUGCUGUGGAGGUGCCAAUGCUUUACACGAAGGAUUUAUCGCAAUUAAAGAUGGACGAGUUAAAAAUGCCAUUAUUGCUGCCAGUAAUAUUGUUUUACAUCCACAAAUGUCACUACAAUUAUUUUUGUUAGGACUUCUAUCGCCUGAUGGCAAAACAAAAUCAUUCGAUGAUGCAGCUGAUGGUUAUGCUCGCAGCGAAGCAACUGUAGUUCUAUUUCUUCAAAAGGCUCGAGAUGCAAAGCGCAUUUAUGCGGAAGUGAAAAAUACAGGCAUUUGUUUUGGAAAUAUCAAUAAUGACAAAUCGCAUUUUUAUCAGACCUAUGAAUCUCAAGCCAAUCUAAUGAAAAACACCUUGAAAGAGUGUGGUCUUUUUGCUCAAGACAUUUCAUACGUAGAAGCCGACGGUUCAGGUAUUAAAGAUGUCGAUGCCGAAGAAGUAAAAGCAAUUGACGAAGUUUACAAUGAAGGUCGAAAAUUACCCCUUUCAAUUGGAUCUGUCAAAUCUAAUCUUGGCUCCAGUUCAGCUGUUAAUCCACUCAAUGGAAUUAUUAAGGUGAUCACUGCAAUGGAAUCAGGAUACAUUCCACCAAAUCUUCAUUUUAAAGAGGCAUCUAACAAAAUCCCUGCUCUUAAAGAAGGUCGAUGUAAAGUUGUAACAGAAUUAACUCCCUGGACUGGAGACUAUGCAGUCGUUAAUAGUUUAUCAUUAUCUGGUACUAGUGCUAAUAUUAUAUUAAAAGAUUUCAAAAAGGACAAGAAAAAUGGAGGAAAACCUGACGACAGUCUUCCAAGAUUAGUCAUGUGUUCAGGUUGUACGGAAGAAGCUGUUGACUACAUACUAAGCGAUCUGGAAAGCAGACCUGUCGAUGUAGAAAUGCUUCAGCUUAUGUAUGACAUAUUUGAAACUGAAAUUCCAGCUCAUACAUAUCGAGGUUAUACAGUAGUCCCUCCAUAUGGAUUAACAAAGAUAAAAACGAGAAAAAUUGAACAUUACUCGAAUAUUAAGAGAGAAAUUUGGUACAUGUUUUCCGGUAUGGGUUCUCAAUGGGCCGGAAUGGGAAAAGCUUUGUUGCAAAUACCAGUUUUCGAAGAAUCUAUAAAGAAAUGUGAUAAAGUCCUUAAGACCCGUGGGAUUGACAUUAUGCACAUCAUUACAGAAAAUGAUCCGAAAAUAUUUGACAACAUUCUAAAUGCUUUUGUUGGAAUUGCUGCUAUUCAAAUUGGGUUAGUAGACCUGUUAACUUCGAUUGGACUGAAACCAGAUUUUGUAAUUGGUCAUUCAAUUGGAGAAUUAGGUUGUGCUUAUGCUGAUGAAUCUCUUACAGCAGAGCAAAUGAUUCUUUGUGCCUCAGCUAGAGGUUCGGCUUCUGUGGAAACAGAUUUGAUAAAAGGAUCAAUGGCAGCAGUUGGUAUUGGAUAUAAAGAUAUCAAAAAUUUUUGUCCGCCUGAUAUUGAAAUUGCUUGUCAUAACAGCGAAAAUAAUUGUACUAUCAGUGGUCCUACAGAUUCGGUAAAAGCAUUUUCCACACAGUUGAAGACGAGAAAAAUUUUUGUCAAAGAAGUUCAGUGUGGUAACAUAGCCUACCAUAGUCGGUAUAUUGCUCCAGCAGGUGAAAAAUUAAUAAAAUACCUUCAAAAAGUAAUACCUAAUCCAAAGCCUAGAAGUAAUCGUUGGUUAAGCAGUUCAGUUCCACGUGAAGAAUGGAAAUCUGCUAAGGCUCAACUAUCAUCCGCAGAAUAUCAUACAAAUAAUUUUCUAAAUACUGUUCUGUUUGCUGAAACAGCAAAAUGUAUUCCAUCGAAUGCAAUUGUUAUAGAAAUAGCUCCCCACGGUCUUCUACAAGCAAUCGUGAGAAAAUCAUUGCCAGAAAAUGUCCUUAAUGUACCGUUAGCCAAAAGAGGUGAUUCAGACAAUGUCUCAUUCCUUUUGGAUGCGUUAGGUAAAAUAUACAAUGCUGGUUACAAUAUCAAUGUGUCCAAUCUUUAUCCUAAAAUCAGCUAUCCAGUAUCACGAGGAACACCGUCAAUUUCAUCUUUAAUUCAAUGGGAUCACUCUACUAAGUGGUGUUCUAACACAAUCAAGCAAGAUGAUCAAUUUAAGAAAGGAGAAAUGAACUUCGUAAUUGAUUUAAAGGAUGACAAGUGGCAGUAUCUAAAAAAUUUCAAGAUUGAAAACAAAAUUGUGAUUCCUAAUUUUUUGUACUUAAAACUUGCCUGGGAUGUUUUAAAAUUGUUCCAAAAUAAAUGUGUACUCUCAAUAAUUUAUCACAAUGUAACAAUCCAUCAGCAGCAAGUAGAGAUACCAAUUGAAGAAAAUAUCGUUUUAUUAACAAUGGUUCAAAAAGGCACUGGUUUCUUUCAAGUAACCAAUAACGAAAUUGUACUAUGCUCAGGAAUAUUGGAAGCAAUUAAUGCUCCUGAUGAGAACUGUAUUCAAGUUCAUAAAAAGGACGAAAAAAUUUAUCAGAAUUUAAGUGAAAGUGAUGUUUACACUGAAUUACAGAUGCGAGGUUUACAAUACUCAGGUCCCUUUAGAACGAUUUGUAAAUCAUCAACUAAUGGGUCUCAGGGAACUUUAGUAUGGAAAGAUAAUUGGACAACAUUUUUAGAUGGAAUGUUUCAGAUGUAUGUCUUUGGAAAUUAUGUUAGAAAAACACAAGUGCCAUUUAAAAUUAGAAAAAUCAUUAUAAACUUAAAACAGCACAAUGAAAUUAUUAGCAAAAAUACCUGUAUCAGUUGA